UUUGAUGAUCAUCAUGUCACUUAUGUUUCGUGCAAAUCUGAUCGAUAAGGAGUGAAUUAUGGAAUUAUACCAAGCAGAGGAUAACUAUAUUAUCCAGGAUAAGGACUCCAGCUUGUGGUGCAGUCGAGUGGACGGAAAAUUAGUUCCACAACCAGGAUCAGCCCUUGGUAAUGCUUGGAAUCCCGUCUGUCUGGGUAAAGUGUUUGGAGUGAUCGGCAAACUACGUAUUCAUCCAGAGUCGGAAUGGAGACUGCUUCUCAUCCGGAGCCAUCGUCUGGUGGGUCAGCUGCCCAAGGGACAUGACGUCUACUGCAUCACUCGCAUUGCCGUUUUACCACUCUCACAAAAUGGACAUCCAGAUAUCGAAAUUGAGAGAUGUGAUAAGCACCACUUUGGGAUCCGUCAGAAGGCUAACUUGAUACUAGGUCCAGCAGAGGGUCAACAGAAAUCACUUGCCAAAACAUGGAAUAGCAUCAAGUCAGUGGCACAGGUCAAAAAGAAAGAGGUAAAGGAGCGGGAGAAACUUGAGAGGCGGAUUCUGGAGGAGCUGAAUCGCAUGUUUACAGAGUCCGGUAAGCUGAAUAUUAAAGUGCAAGUACACAUACAUGUAGGUCAGUUUGAAGAGACAUGUCUGAUUUGAGAAGUUGAAACAUUUUCAUCACUAUACAGUAGGCUUGCGGGUGCACCAUGUGAGAGAGAGAGGAUUGAGGAGUCCUGAAAAGGACUCUCUGUAAUCUUUCUUGAGGGUGUGUAGAAUUCAGUUUCACAGGGUUCAUUCUUGAUUUUUGCUAUUCAAAUUGAGAAAGAUCUAGUUUUGUGGACCUCAUCGGAGCUUUGAAAAAAUAUUUUUAUCAUAAUUGUAAAGUAAACACUUUAAAAAAUACCUUGAAAGUGUUUGCACUUUACUGGUACUAUAGCACAUAUAGGAAUGAUGUAUAGGUGACAUAUAUAAUACUGUGUAUGCACAUUUUCUGACGAUUAUGAUUGUAGUGGUGGUGGUGGUGAUGAUGGUGAUGAUGAUGAUGAUGAUGUUGAUGAUGAUGAUGAGCGAGGGCAAAGAUUUGAACUCACAAACUUUGAUUUUUUUUGUUUUGAGAAGAAACAGUUUUCUCCUUUAAAUAGCAUGUAGACUGUAGAAUGGUCUCUAAAUGUAGUUUCUCUUCUCCCUCUUCCCUGAGCUAUAAAAUCUCUUUUAAGUGUAAGAGAUAAUAUUUUACAGGUGUCAGUAAAGACUCGGUAUACACAGUACAGUUCAGUGAGUCAUCAUGUAGAUUUAAUGAGGAGAGCACAUCCUCAGAGUAAUGACUUGUGCAAGGCUUGAUGCUUGCUUAAAGGUCUAUAGCCUGGGUGUAGCUUGCCAUUUGUCCCCAGUUCAGUUCAGUUCAAUUCAAUUCCAUUUUUUCACUUUUUUCUCACUGAAUCAGAUAAAAAGGACAGAAUAUAUCCUUUUUUGGCUUGCAGAAGGGCGUACAUGUAAAAAUGCUAAAUGUUAGAUGUUACCAUAAAAAUGCCAAAGACUUAAAACAUUUGAAUGUACUUGGUACGA